AUGGCCACCGCCUACAGCACGCAGCGCUUUCUCUCUGCCGUCUCCGCCUCGCGCCCUCUCGGUAGUCCACUGCGAUCGUCUGACGUGUCAUUUCGUCCGCGUCCGUUCGUCCCGUCGCAUUCAAGCUGUCACUCCCGCCGCGCGUCUCACCGCCAGCGAGUAAUGCCGCGCGCGUCGGCAGCGGAUUCCAGUGCGCGCGGCAUCGAGGACGGCCGCUCCGCCAAAGGCGUAGAAGACGCGUUUCCCGCCAUGGCGGUCCCAUCCCAGCUGACGUCACCCCUGCUGGCAGCCAAUGGGGGGAGCAGCCCGCCGCCUGCAGCAGCUGAGAGCACCCCGCCCACCAGCGCUGCCGUGUGGACUGCUGCCGCCCUGCCCUUCCUCUUCCCGGCGCUGGGCGGGGUGCUCUUCGGCUACGACAUCGGCGCCACCUCCAGCGCUCUGCUCUCCCUCAAGGACCCAGUGCUGUCAGGCACGGACUGGUUUGACCUCUCCUCCACGGCUGUUGGCCUCGUGGAGCGCUGCUGGGCUGCCUGCUCGCCUUCCGCAUCGCCGACCCUCUCGGGCGGAGGAGGGAGCUGGUGCUGGCGGCGGGGCUCUUCUUUACAGGAGCGCUGCUCACAGCCUCCGCCACCUCCCUGCCUGCGCUGCUGGCUGGUCGCCUCGUCUACGGCUCCGCCAUCGGCCUUGCCAUGCAUGCGGCGCCCAUGUACAUAG